AGCAGGGGGCAGCACCUGCUCUGAUCCAGCAGGGGGCAGCACCUGCUCUGAUCCAGCAGGGGGCAGCACCUGCUCUGAUCCAGCAGGGGGCAGCACCUGCUCUGAUCCAGCAUGGGGCAGCACCUGCUCUGAUCGCUCCGUAGAAGAAGAGAGAGGUCUGUGUGCAUGCAGAGUCUGGUGGAGCCCGACUGAGCCGUUCUUCCAGAGUCCAUCAGUACUUCAUGUGUUACAUGAAGUGAGGAGUCUGGAGGUUUGUGAUUCCUGAGUAAACCCUGAUCAGCUGUGAGGCCACUUUACUCUCCGGGAGGAGAUGUACCGAGGUCGGCCUCCGAGAGGGGGCUACAGGCCGCCGUUCGAAGGCCGAGGUCCGCAGCAACCCAGGCCCUCCCAAGCAUCGGGCUACAGAGACGACAGGAGCCGGCCCAGGCCUCCUUACCAUCCCGGACACCACGACCAUGGUCACCCCGAGUCUUACCGCCGCUCCCCCCCGCGCCGGAGGUACCCGUCCCCCGGGUCAGGGAGUCACCCAGGCGGGGAGUACUGGGCCGGAGGAGCGCCCAGGGAGAGGUCCCCAUCACCACGAGGAGCCGUUCCCCUCGAUCACAACCUGGUGAUCACAGUUGGCAACGAGCUGACAGGACCGUCUGGCUCCGCCCCCCCACGCCAACAUGACAGAGACUACCCUCCUCGCCCAGAGUACGAGCGCAGCAGGAGCCGAGGCCGCAGUCGACCUCGCAGCCGCAGUCGAGAGCGGAGUCCGGACCGGAGCCGGGCCAAGAGUCAAGGGCGGAGCAAGAGUCGGGCGAGGAGCAAGAGCCGGCCCCGCAGCCAGAGUCGCAGUCCGGAUCGGAGCAGGGCCAGGGCCAGAGCCAAGAGCCGGGGCCGGAGCAAGAGUCGCAGUCCAGAUCGAAGCCGCGCCAAGAGCCGGGGCAGGAGUAAAAGUCGCCCCCGCAGCAGGUCCAGAUCCAGGUCCAGGUCUAAGUCGAGAGGGCGUAGCUUCAGCAAAGCAGCCAGCCGUGCCCGCAGCAGGAGCAGGUACAGGAGCCGCAGCAGCAGCUCCAGCUCCAGCAGCCGCAGCGACGCCAACGACAACAACGGGAAAUCACGGAAAGGGUUUGAGGAGCUGGAGACGGCCCGGCGCAGGAAGGAGCUGGAGGAGAUGCUGAAUCAGCCCACCAAGUCCAUCCUGAAGAAACGCAACGACUCUGAGGACUCGCCGUCUCUCAGAAGUUUUGAAGGUGUGGAGGGGUCCAGCAUGUCCCGGGUGGCGGACCAGCUGCUGCAGGCGGUGAAGGGCAUGGAGCCCCACAUGGUGGCCUCCAUGCUGUCAGAACUGCGCUCAGACCCCCACAUGGCUCAGCGCGCCGGCCUGGACGCUGAAAUCAAAGAGAUCCUUAACCUGCUGGGGGGGCAGGCAGCAGGGAGCAAGGCCGAGGGGACCCCCGUAGACGACAUCGAUGACGAGGAGAAGUUCCUGUACGGAGAUUCGGAGGAGCCCAAACCCCAAUCCUCAUCAGAGCCAGAGCGGCACCACGGUCUGGAUCUGUACGGAGACGUGACAGAAGAGGCGCUCUACGGAGACUACCCCCAAACCAUGAGCGCCAGUGGUCAGAUGUACAACAUCCCACAGGGAGCCCCGCCCACAGGAGGGGAGGUGGACCUGAGGUACACGAGCCGACCCACCGUCAGCCCGGACCAGAACGUCACGGUCCGUGUACCCAAUCCCUCCUACCCGCCGGGUAUGGAGCCUCUAGAGGAGAGCGAGCGCCAGGCGGUGGAGGAGUACGAGAAGAUCCAGGACCUGCUGAAGACCAUCGGCCUGGACCUUGGCGUGACUGAGAUCAGCAAGAUGGCUGCCAGGACCAAAGAGCGUCUCCAUGGAAGCAAGCCUCCCCCAAAGACGCCCACGCGCAGGCGCUACUCCUCCGGCAGCUCUGACGGCAGCCGACGCAGCCGGGGCCGUGGGAGGCGGAGCCACAGCCACAGCGGCAGCUCCAGCAGCAGUAGCAGCAGCAGCAGGAGUCACAGCCGCGAGAGGAGCCGGCAGGGGGGUAGCUGGAGCAGCGAGGACAGCCACAGGAAGACCUCAGCUCAGCCCAAGACCCAUAAAGAGCGAGACCUGAAGGAGACCAAGGCUGAGCGGAGCGACGCAGCGCCGCCACAGCAACCACCACCGCAGCAACCACUGCCACAAGUUACAGACCCCAACACCCUCCCCUCUCACCCUGGGGCCCCCAUACCCACCUACCCCCCCCCACAGGUCCACAGCAUGAUGCCACACAACUACCCCCCGCCGGGGUACGGCCAGUACGGGAACUAUCUCCCCUACAUGCACCAGCAGUGGCCGCCCAUGUACCCGCCCCCGAUGACGAUGCCUCCCCAAGCCAGCCCGGAGGAGUUCGCCCCGACACAGCCGUACGAGUACCCGGCCCCUGAGCCGGGGGUCAAAGGUCAGGACGUGGAGAAGGGGAGCUCUAAAGCCAGCAGCCUGGACCGACGAGUGUCCGAGGAGCAGAACAACGAGAGCCAGAAACAGAAGGUCCUGGAGGAGAGGGACAAGCUGAAACAGGACAGAGAGGUCCGGAUGAAGAAGAAGGAGUAUCUGAUGAAGGAGCUGGAGAGACUCAGGAAGCAACAAGGUGAGCUCCUCAGAAAGAAGCGGCGCGAGAAGGACGGACACAAGGACCCCCUGCUGCAGGAGAUCAGCCGCCUGCAGGAGGAGGUCAUGUCCCAGAUCUCCAACCUCCGCAAGGAGCACGAGACCGCCGAGAAGAAACGCAGCGAGAUCGACAAGGUCGCACUUAUCCUCGGCCUGAACCCGUCCGACAGACCGCGCAUGGCCGUCAAACCCGCCGAGGACCAGGAGGACCAGCACCCGCAGCCUGCCCCGCCAGAGAAGAAGAAACGGGUGGCGGAGAGAAGUCCUGAAGGAAGACCGGCAGCCAGAAGCUCCAGCACAAAGCAGACGUCCGUGGCCCCGCCUUCAAGACUGUCUUUGGAGAGGCCGAUUGUCAGCGCCCCGCCCACGCCUUCGCCUGCGGCCCCGCCUCCAGAGCCGUUUGAAUACUAUGACGCUGGAAACCACUGGUGCAAAAACUGUAACGUCACCUCUGGUUCCAUGUUUGAUUUUUUCACGCACUUGCACAGCAAAUCACAUCGAAAGACUCUGGACCCAUACGACCGGCCAUGGGUUUCCACUCCUACCAAAAUCGCCAAGAACACUCCGUCAGAAGAGAAGCUCACUAAACCAGCCAAAGGUUCCGAGUUCUUGCUGCCCGUCAGAGGAUUCUUCUGCCUGUUGUGUAAAGAGUUUUACGGCGAUGCCAUCUGUGCAGAAGAGCACGUCACCAAACAUAACCACAACGAGAAAUACAAGAAACAAAUGUACGAGAAUCCGAUGUACGAACAGAGGAGGAACCUGGAUCGACAGGCAGGGCUGGCCUCAGAGGCGGGUGGAAAGAAACGCAAACAUGAGGACAGUGAGAAAGCCACUAAGGACAAGGAUGACAAGUCCAAACACAAAAAGGAGAAAAAGGACAAGGACAAAAAGAAGGGAGAUGAUGACGUGGUUCAGAAGGAAGAGAAAGCUAAAGUAAAGGAGGAACAGGAAGAAAAAACAAAGACAAGCAAGAAAGUGGAGGAUUCAAAAGAGGAAAAAAGCUUUGAAGAGGAGAGGCCAGUUUUCAGUAAAAAAGAUGAGAGUGAGAAGUUUAAAUUUGGCAGAAAGGAUGACAAAUACCGCCACAGCAGAGAGGAAGAGGGGAUGGGAAAAUACAGGAGAGAAGAGGAGGAGAGACCCAAAUACAGCAGAGAAGAAGAAUACCGACACCGAUAUCGCAGAGAUGGGGAUGAUCGACAUGAUGAGCGUCCUAAAUAUGGGCCAAGAGACGACGAGGACAGGUAUAAAUACGGUAAAUAUCCAGAUUUUAAAUCCAAGUAUGACAGGGAGCGGGAGGAGGGGAAACCCAAAACUGAGAAGGAAGCUUUUAAAAAGCUUGAACCAGAGAAACCUGACGCAAGCAAGACCGAACCUCCACCAAAGCCUUACGACCUGCCUAAAGUCUUCUGUGGACCCAGUCCGGCCAUGAGGGCAAAGCUUCGCAAGCAAAGCGUGGAAGCAGGCAAACCAGCACAGGUGGCGCCAACGCCUUCAUUUGGAAGGUUCACAUGGAAGAAGAAGGAGAACGUUCUGGCAAAAGAGGCCCAGAAAGCUGCUGCAGAGUUCAUCAAGGAGGAUGAAGACGGUUCAACGGAGAAACCUGCAUCAAUGGAGGAUUCUUUUAUGAAGUCUAUGGCUGUUGCAAAGGAAAUAGCCCAGAAGCUUGGGGGCCAUCAGAACAUGCCUCCUCCUUGGGUGUCCAACCAGAACAACAGAGGAAGAGGACGAGGAAGAGGAAUUAGGCCCAACCUCCCUGCACCAGCAGCAGUAAUGCGAAAAACAGCAAUGAUGGGUAAACCUGCACCUCUUAAUACCUUCCUCUCUAUCAAACCUCAAAACACUGGUCUGCUGGGUUCUCCUCCAAAAGACCUACCAACAAUCCAGGAGAUCGCAAAGACUCUGAGUAUUCCUGUGCCAUUCCAGGGAAAGUCUAGACCAUCUAGUGCUGGAUUUGGGGCAGUUGAGAAUAAACCCCCACCACCAAGAAUAGGACCUGAACCAUUUAAGUCUAAUACAGAUUCACCGGUUUCUGGAUCUGCACCAUCUGAAGGAAAAUCUGCACCACCUGUUUCUGCACCUGCGACAUUCGGGGUUAAACCCCAGCAACCUGUUUCUACGCCUGCAACAUUCGGGGUUAAACCCCAGCAACCCGUUUCUACACCUGCGACAUUUGGGGUUAAACCCCAGCAACCCGUUUCUACACCUGCGACAUUUGGGGUUAAACCCCAGCAACCCAUUCCUACACCUGCCCCACCUGUUUUAAAGCCUCCUGGAAUUGACACCAAGCAUGUGCCAUCAGUCCCUAAACCUUUACCAUUCAAGACCCCCUCUGCACCACCAUGCAUAGCUACCCCUGCACCCUUUGCAGUUAAACCUCCACAGCCAACAAUGAUAAAGAUAGUGUCUGAUGUGGCGGCUCCUGGUGUUCCAGAGAGUGAGCAGACACGUACCGUGUUUGUCAAGCCUCCACCUUUCAUGAAAAUGGGUGAAGCAGCUCAAAAGCCUGAGAAACACAAGAGUAACCUGGCUGCAGCCAAAGCCAAGGACUUAUUUGAUAUAUUCUAUAGUAGCACUGGCCAGUCAAGCACCUCAUCCAUCACCAAAACCGCAACGGACACAAGACCGGACAGAAGUGGGACCAAUAAGGGUGAACUUCCUACCCCACGAGCACAAAACACUCAACCAAGGCAUGCUAUGGCUCUGCAACCAGACUCAAACAAAGCCCUGCCAAGUACCAAAACCCAGCCAGAAACUCUCAUAGGUCCACCAUGUCCCAUAACCCAGCCAGAAACCAUCAAAAGUCCACCAUGUCCUGUAACCCAAACAGAAACCAUCAAAAGUCCACCAUGUCUUGUAACCCAAACAGAAACCAUCAAAAGUCCACCAUGUCCCGUAACCCAGUCAGAAACCAUCAACAGUCCACCAUGUCCUGUAACCCAGCCAGAAACCAUCAAAAAUCUACCAAGUCCACAAACCAAGCCAGAAUCAGAGAUCCAAAUUUCAUCAGUCUGGUCCCUGCAGCCAACCCCAGCUGAGGUUGGUCCAUCCGCAAGAACUUCACAGACAAACCAACGUAUGUCUGAGGCUCAGGGUGCCCCCCAAAACCAAUCCUUAACUUCUAAAUCUACUUCCCAAACCAAUGCUGAGCUUGAACCAACUUUUCAAACCGAGUCCCGGCCCAAACUGGCUCCUCUAGCCGAAACAGACCCAGAGUCCGAACCAAACCAGGACACCGUGACCCAGUCUCAUCUAGAGAUGCAUCUCGACACAGCUCCGGUACCUGAGUGCAAACCAGGUCGAAAAACUAGAGGCAAAACCACUCCUACUAAGAGAACUCCUCCGGCCCCCCGCCCUGUCCGACAAACCAGAUCCCAAACCAGAUACCAGACCCGGCAGCAGCAUAGCCAGUCAGAGCCUGAGCCUGACCUUGCUUCUGGAGAUUCUGACUCGGCAGCUUCAGACUCAAAGGGUCUUGACACAUCGGACCCUGGCUCUGGUUUGCAGCCUAUGGAAGAGGCAACAAGCGAGGGGGACCCCCCGAUGAUGGAGAUAACCCCUGAAACCCUGGGCCUCCCCUCUGACAUGACCUCUUUGAACUUUGACUAUGAUUUCAAUUUUGAAUAGAAAGUCAGCAGACUUGAAGGAGUCUGAGGAGGGUUUCUUUAAAGACUUGUUUGUCCCAGAUGUUCCGAAGAUCAGUGAUGUACCGUGCAAAGAGGCCGCUGAGAGGUGGUGAGACCAAACUCCCACUGACGGACCUGACUUUUAAAACACCAACCUUUAAUCCUGGCAAGUUUCCUGUUUAGUCAAACCUUGUUCUCAGUCUUCUAAAGAGCCCCCUACCGGUUUUGUGGGGCAGGGUUUUAGACGCAAUGAUAACAAGGUCCUCCUAAAACUGGACAACACUGGCGCUCUGUGUUAUAGUUAGCAGCUACGUUGUGUAGCCAAAGGUGUGUGUUUGUUUUCAUGGUUAGUUCAGAGUUCAGGAUGAUUGAAAAGGUUAUAAGACGAUGAACCAGGCAGAGUGUUGUUCCAGAUGUUUCUCCAAACUGACAGUUUCCUCCAAGUUACAGGAUAAUCAUUCCUUUACACGUGUUAGACAGAUAAGGUUGGGAGCAUGGACUGUCAGGUAGAUGCACAUGGCUCAACCUCUUUCCUUAUUACACUGAGUUAUAAUCCUACUUCAGUAAUCAGACUUUUAGAAAAUCUGCCUCUUCAAAUCACGUCCACUUUCAAACCGCCUCAUGUUCUCUGUGUGACUGAGAACAUGACCCGGGUUUGGAUGAAUCCACCUGUCCUUGUUGCAUCCUCGCUCUGCUGUCCACACACUCUUGGCUGUGUAGCUUAUAUCAGACUGAAUGGACACCUUUCCGGUUUUAACCACACGGACAUUCACCUUCCCCUCUAGGCUCAGUGGAAGACGGACUUCUGAAAAUGUUGUUGUCUUUGUCAUGCGUUCACACUUUAAAUCGCCUCUCCUCCUCCUCCUCCUCCUGAAGGUAAAGUUUGUACUCAUUUGUUCUCUUGUUUUGUAUUCCAGUUCAGACUCUCGAGUUUGUUUCUCUCCUCUUUGAACUGUGAUGAUGUGUUUCUGAUGCAGAGCUCAGCUGGUGAAAGAAAAGUCGCAGCAUGGACCAAAAUCAGCUCAGUUACUUUGAACGCUGUGUUUUACGUGUAAGCUGAAGAUGGAGGAGACGGUUCCAUUAAAACUGCAUCAGGCUCUCGCUCCCGGUGCGUUUGAAGCACUGAGCUGUGACUAGUGUCUCUGUGUGGGUCAGAAUAGAAACAAACUCCUCGUCGUGUACAUUUCUGUUGCUUCUAGUAGAGUUUUAAUAAAGUUGACAACCAGGA